GAAAUUUUUAUCUCUAAAAUAAUAAUCGAUUGUUGUUUUUUUUGAUAAUGGAUUGUUGUAAUUGUUAGCUUAUCAAUCUAAUAAUAUGUACCUUAGGGUUAGCAUGACCCAUAACAACUUCUUUUUUUUUUAUAAUUCAAAGCCCUUUCCACUUCGUUUUUGAAGAAAACCAUCACCAUUCACCAAAGACAAAAAAAAAGAAAAAAAAAAACACGUUUUUUAAGAAUCGAGGAGCUUGUAGUAUCAUAGACAACAAGUUGGAGUCAGCACUGAACUCAAUUUUCCGGUAAACGGAGCCGGAGUUGUUCGCCGGCCGCCAGCAACAGUGAAAACGUUGUGUAAGGUUUGUGGAAUUUUCUUCCACAAUGGCUAACAAAUCUAAAGAAGAGCCUAAAACUGCUCCUCAGCCUGAUAGGUGGUAUGAUCUUACCCUUGGACCUUCUUUCAAAGAUGAAUCGUCUAACAAAUACUGCACUCUGCGAUAUGAAUUUAAGCCAGCUUCAAUUGAUAAGACUAAGCCAGGAUUGCUACGCAAGACCAAAGAGAAUAGAGUCUCUGUGGAAUUUCAGAACAACCAAAUAGGAAAACCCAAGGUGACAUUUGAGGGAAAUAGUGAGGAAUACAAGGAAAACGAUGCUGUAUUGUUCUUUGAUGGCCGGACACUUCGGUUGGAGCGGCUUGAUAGGGCUGUGAAGCAACUGCGACACCUUCGAAUGCCUGGCGAGUCUUCAGCUGCUGCGGCUGGAACUGUUACUGCUCCAGCUGGACCAACUUUGGAUCCUCGGUCAUCUCCCAUUGGGAAGCCCAUAAAACCGGCACCUUUUGGCAGUGGCAGGAGCUCAAAUCAAGCUGUACCAGUUGAAGUAGAACGUAUUGAUGUUGGUGAACCUGAAAAUCCUGGCCUCAAAUCUGGUUCCAAGAGGUCAGCUGAUCAUCUAAAUGAACCACCCACUGUUUACGCUACCUCACCAGUUGCCAUAAAUGAAGCCGAAGAACCUGGAGAGAUAGACAUGGAAGAACUUUUUGGAGGUGGAACACCUGAGGAUGACAACAAUGUUGAAGAAAAGGAUAAUGUUGGAUUUGACAUGAAUGUUCCACUCACUGAUGAUGAAAUUGCUGAUGUAGAUGAUAGUGGUGAUGAGGUGGACAAAGGACCCAAUGCUGCUGAAGCUCUCAGAGCCCAGGUGAAUGCAGAGGGGAGGAAUGAGCAAACAUCUACUUCCAGUAGUAGCAGUGGCAGUGGAAGCAGUGGAAGCGGUAGUGGGAGCAGUAGCAGCAGUGAUAGUGAAGGCAGUGAUGAAGACUCGGUUACCUCGAUAUAAAAUUGCAUAACCGUGGGAUUUUUCCUUCUUUUCCUUUUAUCAGUUAUCGUUUUUGUUGCGAAUAAUCCAAUAUAUAUAAAAUGUGUUUAUCAAGCCUGGGUUAGGUUUUUCACUUUUUCUUUCUUUUCCUUUUAUAAUUUAUAGUUUUUGUCACAAAUUAUCCAAUAUAUAGAAUGUAUUUAUUAAGCCUGGGUUAGAAAAAUGUAGAUUCUAAAAGGUUGGGAAUUUUGUUAUAUAUGACAAAUAGAGUGCAAAAGGGUAUUAGUGAUAUGGUACUGUAUAUAAGUAUAUUUGAUGUUUUUAAAUCGUCUUUAA